UGUUGACUCACUUCUGUAAAAAAAUAAUCAAAAAUUUUGAAAGGGUUAUAUCUGAAACUGGUGAAAAUUAUUCGUCAACUAACUUCUAACUACGACGUUCAGCAUACGAAAAUUUGAACUAUUUAAUCGACAGCCCGUCAGUCCAAACUCUUUCUGAACGGCGCACACGUGAAUUAGAGGAUGACGUUAUCGACUAUUUCGGAUGAAGCAGAAGCAUUAAAAGAAGAAGCUAACAAAUUUUUUAAAGGUAAUGCAUGGACAAACCUCACGCACACAAAUAUGGACACAUGUAUAACGGUAUUUUUCAACUAGAUGGGGACUACGAAAAAGCCAUCGAUGCAUACACAAAGGCGAUCGAAAUUCGGGAAACUGCUGUCUAUUUGGCCAACAGAAGCCUCGCUUAUCUUCGUACAGAGUGUUUCGGUUAUGCUUUGGAUGAUGCUUCUAAAGCUAUAUCUUUGGAUAGUUCCUAUGUGAAGGGUUAUUAUCGCAGGGCAUCUGCACACAUGGCAUUAGGUCAGUAUAAGGAGGCGUUGACUGACUACGAAACUGUUAUUCGAGUUGCACCUAGUGACAAAAUGGCUCGUGAGAAGUUGACUGAAUGCCGGAAAAUAAUUCGUCGCAAAGCAUUUGAAAAAGCCAUUGCAGUAGAAGAUCAGCCAUCUCCACUAGAAUCUUUUGAUCUGUCAACAAUUACUGUAGAAUCUAGUUACGAUGGUCCGCACUUAGAACAGGAUAGCAAUGGGAAAUACUUUGUCACGGAGUCGUUUAUGUUAGCUUUAAUGGAGCAUUACAAAUCUCAGAAAGUAUUACACAAGAAAUAUGCCAUAAUAAUAAUGAGAGAAAUUUUCUUAUAUCUCCGCGACUUACCAAGUUUGGUAGACAUUAAAGUCCCAGAAAAGUCUAAGUUUACUGUUUGUGGGGAUAUACACGGUCAGUUCUACGAUCUUAUGAACAUAUUUCAAAUCAACGGGCUUCCGAGCAAAGAUAAUCCUUACUUGUUCAAUGGUGACUUUGUUGAUCGGGGAUCGUUUUCGGUGGAGUGUAUUUUCACUUUGUUCGGGUUUAAGCUUCUUUAUCCAGACAAGUUUUAUCUUUCCAGAGGUAAUCAUGAAUCCGAACACAUGAAUAGACUUUAUGGCUUUGAAGGCGAGGUAAAGUCAAAAUAUUCUUCUGAAGUGGCCAAUAUGUUCACGGAUAUAUUCAACUGGUUACCUCUAUGCCAUCUUAUUAAUGAAAGAAUUCUGGUUAUGCAUGGUGGAUUGUUCGAACGCGAAAAUGUCACAUUAGAUGAAAUAAAAAAAGUGUCUCGAAAUCGUCAACCUGACGAAGGCACUAUAAUGUGUGAAUUGCUGUGGUCUGAUCCAAUGGAGGCUGAAGGUCGAGCCCAUUCUAAACGUGGAGUCGGUUGUCAAUUCGGUCCUGAUGUCACUGAAAAGUUCUGUAAGCAAAACGGUCUAGACUAUAUUAUUAGAAGUCAUGAAGUGAAAGAUGAGGGUUACGAAGUUGCUCAUAAUGGUCGCUGUAUUACUGUUUUCUCAGCUCCUAAUUACUGUGACACAAUGCACAAUCGAGGAGCUUUUAUUACAUUGAUAGGUAGUGAUGAACCAGGAGAAAUGUCUCCAAUGUUUACCAGCUUUACGGCAGUACCUCAUCCAGAUGUGCGCCCAAUGGCUUACGUGAAUCCAUUACUUUCCAUGUUCAUGUGAUUUGUACAUUGCUUUUUCCUAUUUUGUGCCUUAAACUGGUUACUGAACAUUGAUAGAUGCAUAUUUAAAUCAACACACAUAUAUACAGUUAACUUGACUAAUGUAUCAAUUGUUCAUUGUACACAUUAUAUUGUCAAAGUUCUCACGUAACAUUUUCUUACUCAUUUUUGACUGGCUUACUUUUAAGUCAAGGAUUCUCAUGUUUGCAUUUUUAAUUCCAUUGUAAUAAAGUUACUUUAGGAAAAUGUAAAAAAAAAUUUAUUCACAUUCUUAUUACUAUUAUUAUUAUUAUUAUUACUACUACUCACACUGAUACCAUUGUUUGAAUUUGUGAAGGCUAUUUUCCAAUUUAGUCCAACUACCAGUUCUCAUUUAUUCUAGGGUUGAUUUUGCAAGUAUAUUAGAAGAAAUCAUUAAGCUUCAUUUAUUUUAUCGUCUUACUGUAUCAUGUUUGAAUAAAAAUUGCGGGGAAUUACUACUAUUAAAUUUAUAUAUAUAUCUAGAAUUAUUCGG